AUGCCUAAGGAAGAAGACCUGUGAGAAAGGAUUCAUUUAAAGAUUCGGAUUUGGUGAUCUUAAAGGUCUCUUCCUAAUUGAUGAGUCUAUAAAUAAACAUUAUGUAAGGUGGAAUUGCUUUCCUACUCUUUAGGAGAAAAGAGGUUUGAGUUUCGGGAUUUUGUUGUGUUGUUUUAUUAGUCUUUUUUUUUUUUCAUUUCUGGAUGUUUUAUUUUUUAGAAACUUCCACUUGGCAAUCAGUAGCUUAACUGCUUGGAGAUUUGUAUGUAACUGUGUCAUAAUAUGUUGAAUAGUUCACGUAGAAAUGAAAAGUGUGAUAAUAUUUAUUUAUUGUUAAAGCUCUGUGUGGUUUUUAGUGGGACUUGUGCUUUUAAGCCCUAUUGACACUUAAAAAAAAAAAUAGUACCAGAUGUCCAUUAUUGGCAAAUAGACACGAAUUAAGGAGAUGAGCUGUGCUCCUUGUCCAAGGGGUAAAUGCAUUUAUUUGUGCACGUGAGUGGUGCCAACAGGGAAUACACAUGGCAUCAACUGCCUGCAAUGGAUGGAUAUCCAACCUGGAACAAGGGAGGAGCUGACAGCCAAAGGGUUAAGAAAAGUCAGUGUAUGAAUACAGUGUCCAGACAAAAAAAAUGGUAAAAGUACUUGAAACAGAAAACACUUAAUUUAAAACAAUAUUUCUUUAAAUAGUCUCAUGCAUGAAGUCAGGUUUUACUGAGUUAUACUGAGUCCGCAAUAUUGUGCUUUUAUUAUUGAAUGUAAUUAAUACAGCAAAUUAGAACUUCUUGCAAAACACCUUUGGAAUAUCACAAUAAAAGUACAGAUAAAUAGCUUGCAUAUGUCUUCAUGCCCAAAGUUUACAAAAGCUCAGUCAGAGCGGUUAUAGUGGUUGAGAAUUAAAUUUUGUCUAGUACUCGAGAUAGGUUUGUAUGUGUAAAUAGCCUGUAGGUUAGCUCACAGCCUCUACCAGAGCUGGAGUAUUUAAUUUGAAUUUCUUUAACAUUUUAAUGAAGUAAUCUCUCAUUCCUGACAAGACUUACGUGUGUGCUUCCAUUGAUGCACAGUGCUGUUGAAACCAACAGAGUACGAGCAUGUCAUAUAUUAGUGGGACUGUCCAUAUGCAUAUUUGUUUAUUAAAAGAAUGAUGAAUUAAAGAAGGCAUAGCUGAAAUAUUUGAGUCUCAUCAGGUUUGUCAUUAAUGACAUUUAACCCAGCUGCUGCUGAACUUUGGCUGUACAGCUUGUUCUCUACAUGUAACUGCACAUUUGUGCAGUUUCUUGCUGGCAUAAUUUUCAAAGAACACCUAAGAGUGAGGAGCUACCACACUAGCAGGUUGCUGAAGGGUGGUGUUUUGUGUAAAAAAAGAUGAAGAGAGGCUUAUGGAGGAAGAAAUGAGCACCUACACUUUUGUUAUAGAAUCUGAAGUCUCUAAUAUGGGAUUUGAAAUUGGUUUGGGAUUUGUUUCUAAGAUCUUCCCAGUCCAAGGUUCUGUGCAGUGGUGCUUUACUGCUGUGUUCUUUACAUUGUGACAAAACUUGGGACACCUGACAUCCCCCUUCCAGAUUACCCUUUACAUGCUGUAGAUUUCUCGCCCUCUCAUUUUCCAGAAGAACAUAUGAGGAGGCAAAAUGGGAAUGGCUCCCCUGGAACAGAGCCGAAGUGGCUCUUGCUCCAUUUGGAACAGGCAGUGCUGUCCCUGUCUGUAAUGUGGGCAGAGCUGCUUGCACGACUUGAGGGGAGAAGUUCUCUGAAGAAUCUUGAACCUUAUCUGUUUGCUGAGGAAGGAUCUCCUGUUCAUGGAGAUGUUAUUGAAUUCCAUGGCCCAGAAGGGACGGGGAAAACAGAAAUGCUUUAUCACCUGAUAGCCCGCUGCAUCAUUCCCAAAGCAGAAGGAGGACUGGGAGUGGAAGUCAUGUUUGUUGACACAGAUUACCAUUUCGAUAUGCUCCGGCUGGUCACCAUUCUUGAGAACAGACUGGCACAAGGGACUGAAGAAAUGAUAAAGCAGUGCCUGGGAAGGCUUUUCCUUGUGAGCUGCAGUAGUAGCACUCAGUUGCUUCUCACUCUCUACUCUCUAGAAAACCUGUUCUGUGCUCACCCCUCACUCUGUGUUUUGCUUUUAGACAGUUUGUCAGCUUUUUAUUGGGUAGACAGAAGCAAUGGAGGGGAGAGUCUUACCUUGCAGGAGAUGAACCUGAAGAAAUGUGCUAACUUCCUUGAAAAGCUUGUGACACAGCACCACUUGAUCCUCUUUGCAACAACACAGACACUAAUGCAGAAAUCUGCAAACUCUGCAGAAAGCUUUUUACCUUUAAAACUUCCCCAUGAAAGUGAUACAGACUACAGACCAUAUCUAUGUAAAUCAUGGCAGCAAAUGGUAACCCACAGGGUAUUUUUCUCUAAGCAGUGUAAUUCUGGCAACAGCAAGGAUUUUACUGUAGUUUCUUGCCACCUCAAAAGAAACCAGAUAGUAAAACGUUCAUUUAGUGUUGCAGAAUGUGGAGUUCAGUUUUAACAUCAGUUUAUUUUGUAAACGUUUAUCAAAUCCUCGUGCUUAAGGCCUGAUUAGGUCUAAGUAGCUUUUAGUAACUUUUCAACUAGCUGGUAGUUGCUGGGUGAUUAAUAAUUGUUGUCAUCAUUUUCUUGAAAUUCAGUGAAGGGCAGAGAAUGGUAACAUUUUUCAAUUACUUCAGCAAUUCAGUCCAAACUAUAGAGGAAUGUUGACAUUACUUGUUUGUGCUUAAUCAAGAAAAUAGCAACCAAAGACACACUGAAGUCCUGGUAUCCUUCAGCAGUGUAACCCAUGUGGCCAAAUGCCUGUUGGGAUUUCUGGGUCUUGCUGCUUUACACUCCUUCUCUUCCAGGCUGCAGAAGUAGGAGCCUCCUUGUCUGUGGCAGAGGUUGCCAAGAGGCCAGAGUUCACUCUUUACAAACAUUGGCCUUGGUUUAUUCCCUGUAGCUUUGGGCACAAGAAAUGCCAAUUUUGCCUGAAGAAGAGGAUUCAUUUUCACAGCCUAUUAAAUAGUGGUGAUCCUGACUGUGCUGCUUUUCCUGACUCUCAGCCUCCAUUUCCAUUAGUGAGUGCUCAGGGAUUGCAGCUUUUCUGACCCUUACAAACAUCUGCCAUUGAAGAAUCUUCAGCUAUUAAAGAAGUAGAGGCAUGGUUUCCAUAACUGAAGGAAAAAUAAAGACCCAGCUCUGGGUACCUGUGAGUUUGUGCUGCAUGCAGCAAACAGUUUAAUUUUUGAAAAUAAUUAAGUGCAAGUUAUGGGUUGUUUUGGGAGUGGGGGUUGGUUUUUUUUGUUGUUUAUCAUUUUUUAAAAUGAUGCACACACUUUUUUCUCUCCCCUCCCUCAUUAUUCCUUCCCACUUCUUUCCCUUCCCCACUCUUUAAGAAAUCCAGAAAUGCCAUGCCUCUGGUCUUUACCAAUAUGUAUUUGCCACAUGUAGAACAUUUGUGUGCAGGAUUUGGCAUGUAACAUGUUGCAAUUCUGGCAAAGAAGAUUCAGAACUUAUGAGAAAUGCCCUCCAGUUCUGGCAAAAACACCACAUUAUUUAUGAACCUCGAGUGCCCUUUGAAAGCUUCAAAGUGCUUUACAAGAAAGAAAAUUGCACACAGUACAUUAUUUAAUACAAAAACUUACAUUAGCUUACAAAUUCAAAUUACUCAAACAAGGGGGAAAUACUUCUCACAGCGAUGUUUGUUCAGUCAUGUUGCACAGCACGUUUUAUAGUUUAGAUUGAAGAGAUUAUUAACAAAAAUGCAUAUUAAAAAGAAGUAUCUAGCUCUGUAUCUUUUUGAGGAAGAUGCCUGAAAAACUCUGUUGUGAGACACUUACCUUUGAAUUUCCUGACUUCUAAAGCAGCUUUUUCAAGCUGAAUAUAUGUCUAGAAUCCCAGCUGUGUAUAGUUCAGUUACUCUCUUGGGUUUCUCUGUGUCUGUUCACAAUGAGUUCAGUUUAAUUAUUCUUUUUGUGGGAAAACUUUCUUUUUUCCCUUCUCAUUUUAAACCUUCCAUCUGAUCACUUCUUCACGCCAUCAGUUCCUUUACUCUGACACACGAGCAAACUUUGCCUUUUCAACAUCUCCCCAGAGCUGCUGAUUUUAUAGAAUGUCACUUCAUUUGUGCUUUCUCAUCCAUCAGGACCAAUAUGUAUUUUAUUUCAAAACCUGCAUAAGUACACAAAUCCAUGAAAAAAUAUAUAACAACCAUUCAGCUUAGAGUGGACCAAAGUUAGAUGGUUUACCAUGAGUAGACAUUUUGUCUAUGAAUUAUGAUAAAGGGCAUUAUUGAAUUUUUUGUAAAAAAGAAUGGGAAAAUUCAAGUAGAGCUAGAGAACUUUAAGAUUGGAAAAUUCUAGUAUUAUGUAAUUUCUAUUAGAAAAAAAUCAAAUACAAAAGCCCCCCUUUCCAUUGGAGAAUACAGCUCCACUGAUGAUUAACUUCUUCAUAAAAUCAUACUUGCUGAAGAAUAUACUUGAGAAAAAAAUACAAUGGAUAUGUUCUGGCAUUCUUGUCUGGAAAAAAGGCUUUUAUAUUCUUCACAAUGUAGUUUGUAUUUUGCAUUGUACUAUAAAAGAAAUGCCUAAAUUGAAAUGAAGCCAGAGUUCUAGUUGAUCAAAAAGAGCACCUCAGGAAAUUUUGAAAUUUCCCAGUUUUAUUUUUACUUUGAAUGCAGACAGAUUUUUUUAAUUCUCUGGUAAUUGUAUUAUUCAUGCUCUGCACAUUUGUUUUAGCUGUAUAGCCAGCCUGGAUUUCUGAGGUGCUGAGCAUCUGCAUAUCCCUGUAAUGCUGCAGGAGCAAUAGGAAGAACAUAAUCUGGGAGUUCACUGACCUCAUCCUCUGCCAAAAUUAUGCCACUUGGAAAAAUGAACCUUUAGGAUACAAGUCUCAGAAAGAUGCAGUGAUAAAGAACCCAGACAGCAGCGAUUUUGUUUGUACCUUAAUGCUCUCUGGGUAUUAAACAUGGGGUUUGCCGUUUUUUGAGUGGAGAAUUUUCUCCAAAUUUUGUACUGAUUGUAGUUAGUGGAGGCUGCAGUCCAUCCUUGUGAGCCAGGAGGAGUGUGUGAAAUGCAGCAUUAUACCUGGAACACUGUUUAAUGCAGAUCCUCCUCUUUCACCUAGACCUGCUGUACCACCCUGUCUCCAGCCCACUGUCUCACCUGAGGUGCCCUGAGCUGCUGCAGCUCAGUCUCCCAGGGAGAAGCACAUUUCAGGUUAGUAGGUCUGUGCUAAAUCAGCCCUGCAGAAGAGCAUGGAAUACAUAUAUUCCUGAACUGUGAUUUAGCCAGGUAUUUCUUAGAAAUGAAAAUCCUUUCAUGUCAGUGCCAUUAUUCUUCAGCUCAGGGUGGUAUUAUUAAGGCUUUUGUAGGCACAGGAACUUUUUACAUUCCUUAGAAUUUUGUUUGUUGUUUCAUAUGCAACACGGAAUUAAAGCAGCGAGUUUGAAAUAAAGAGGAACUUGUUCACCCUUUCCCCCAUCUUUUUCAUAAUGAGAGGACUUCUUAACAAAACCAAAUUAAAGAAUUUUGCAGAUUUUAUAUUUAUUUUCUACUUAACUAGUAUUUCUAUGGACACCUGGAAAGAAAAUGUUGAAUUUUAUAUUCAGUUAAAAGUUCUUUGUAUUCCUAGACUUUUUAUAGAGCAAAUAAAAUACAAACAACAGCUUGCUUGGUUUAAGUUUGCACUUGCACAUAAAAUUCAAGUUUCUUUUUUCUUAUGUAACUAAUCUCAGAAACAUAAUUUUCCUUGGAGUUUGGAAAUGGCAGAAGAUAAAUGUUCUCCUGUGGAAACUUACCUGCAGUUGUAUUUUCCUGGAGAGUAAUGGACAGAGGAAGAAGAAAUACCACUUUAAUGGCAGCUCUACAGAAGCCUUGGACUGUGUCUGAAGAGGAACAUGACUUUUUACUUUUCUGUGGCUGCUCUAAUAAAAUGUUUCUUGAACCUUUU